AUGAGAAACGACCAUGAAGAGUCUCACGAGCCGUUUGCGAGAAGAGGCAAGAAGGAAAACGGCACCGCCCAGAAAAGGAUUGAUAUGGCAAGGUUACCAACGUCCCACAGUUGCCGCCAAAUGACCGUCAUGUCUCCCUCUCCACCGGUGGCGACUUCCGCAGCACGGGUGCGUGGGGCCACCUCCAAGCCGAUCCCAUCCUUUCGCCUUCCCGACCAGAGCUGCCUGAAUGUCGCGGUGCCCGAUCGCGUGACGUUGGUUCUGUCGACAGUGACACCGCCACGCUGCCGCGUGGACUUUACGGUGUGUUUGCACGUAUACGACCUGAGUGGCGGUCUCGUUGGCCGGCACAGUCAGGAACUCUUGGGAUUUAACGUUUCAGGUAUCUACCACAGUGCGGUGGUCUGCUACGGAAUGGAGUUUUUUUUUGGAGGUGGAAUAGCCGCCAUGGGCGCUGGCCACACACGUUUUGGGAAAAGGUACAUAACGUUUUUUCUUGGCACAACAACAAAGACGCUUUGCGAAUUUAUGGCGUGGAUUCGUCAGCUCGAGGAGGAAAGGUAUCAUGCCAGUGCAUAUGAUCUGAUAGAGCGCAACUGUCACAGCUUUACCAGCGAUGCGGUGGCCUUUCUACUUGGUUCUGCGAGUGCCAUGCCGUCCUUUCUCACCACCACCACCGAGCAGCUUUGCAACUCAAGGCUGGGUACAGGCGUGUUGGAGUUGUUGACGUGUUACGCCCCAUACGCAAAGUACAUCGUGAAUUGUGAGCAGCACAAAUGUAUGAUUAAAAAGCAACGCGCUGCGUUGUCCAUUGCGAUGUCUGCAUACGCACGCGAACUAACGACAGGGCCACUACCGUGUGUUGUUCUCUUCCGUGUAGAUGACGCUGGCAAGGGUCAAAAAGUUUUCGAAUCGCUCAUGCCGUACGUGGAGCAGUUGCAACAACGCGGGAAGCUUGACGAAAACGCCAGGCUAGUCUUGAUGUCUUCAUUCCUUAUUAGUGCAGGUGUUGAGUCGAUGGAUCCGAAGAUUGGCGCAGAUUAUGCUGAUCUUGUUGUUCGUAUUUUGAUUCACACACAUAGAACGCUGUGGGGACCCGUGCUGAAUUCUCUGCGUAUAGCUCUUCUACACAAGGGAGUUUUAUGUGCAUGCGUUUCCCAUCCAGUUUUCGCUGGUUUACUGGUCACAGGUGCGCGAGAUUUUCUAAGCAUGACUCCUGACGGCAAACUUGCGCUAUUGCGGGUUUUAUGUAAUUUGUCUUCUAGUUUGCACGGCGCCUUUGCACUGAAUUCCAACCGGCAUGCUCCUUUGUGGGUGAGCGCCGUUGGACUGGCGUUGUCAGAUUAUAAAAACGAUGCCAUUGUUUAUACCGGGGCUUCCCUCGCCGUAAAUUUGGCGCAUGCAUUUACCCUGACGUCGCUUCCUCAGGUGUCGCGUGAAGACUUUGUACCCCGUUCGUUUCAUUGCAUUUGUCGGUUGGUGAUAGUUCUUUUCUUUUAUUUGCACCACUGGCCUGAGGAGCGAAUAGCAGAGGCGGCGAUGAACAUGAUGCUUCUUGCCCUUUUCUUUCUCAUGUCCAGCAGUCGUAGAGUUGCAGAAUUUGCGGUAGAGCAUGGAUGUGGACUGAGGUAUGAGUCCCUGCUAAGGAGGGCACAGACGAAUGAGAGUAAAGCACUCCUUGCUCUUAUGCGUGCUCUUGAGCAGAAUCGAUGCAGUCGUUGCGCUUCUGCAAUGGUGUGA